GCUCUGUCUGCGGGCAACAUAAACGCGCCUUUACGUUAAGUUUGACGACUGAGAAGUUACUGAUAAAUAGAAAUAAGCACCAACAGACAGAUUCAUGUGGGCUUUAACGGUCUUCUAUGAUAAAAAUGGCUACUUUCACAUGGAUUUACAUACAGUAGCAUACAUGGCACAGAACUACACUUGACUUGGAAUAUUUAAAUGCAUCAUAUUCGGUGAUUUAUAGGAAAUCGGAGCUUUGUGAGCGGGGAACAUUAUUCCCCAGUAUCUUUAACAUGUUUUAUAUUUUAGAAACAGUGCCUGGUUAUAUUUCUGCAGCCCUUUAAACGAUACAUUUAUACUUGUGUUACAUUUUGCAUACAUUCUUACGCUUAUGUAGGCAGAUAAAAUCGCUCCAAGUGUGUUUUUUUUAUUUCUUGACUCGUCCAAACUUCACAGUUUAAUGUUAGUAAACCUGCCUUUUACACUGAGAGGACUAUAACUUGCCUGGGCCUGUAACAUUACCACCACCAAUCGGCAGCAGCACCUGCAGGUGGACAAACAGCAGCCAAACUUGUUCUGUGAUUUAUUCUUCCUCCUCAACUUUAAUAUUUAACCAAAAAAAAAAAAAAAAAAAAAAAGUCCGAGGGUGCGAAGGCAGAAAGCAGACUUUCUGCCUGCACGUAGCUGGAGCCGUUAAACGCUGAAGCCGAUCCACAUGCUCAGAAAUCGGCCGUAUUAACAAUUAAUAUUGGACAUCCGGUGGCACUGCCAGCUGCGCCCCAUUUUUAUUGUUGUCUGUGCGCUGAAAGGAUCCCUGUUGUCUCGGCUGGAUACUCCGCGACGCGUGGUGGCUGCUUCUGGCUGGGAGGCUGAGAGCUGCAGGGCUGCGACAUGUGAAAAGAGCUCGACCCCUUGACCCUCACAACUCUCGACCUUAGAUCUGAACUUGAAUGUGUUUCUGCAGCAGAACUCUCUUGAACUGACGUUGUGACCGCGACCUGACACCCUCCUGCCUCGGGCAUGCCUCAGCCGGGUAUGAAUGGGAUGGAGCCUGCGUUUGGCGAGGCCUACGGGGGACACAGGGGUCUGCUGAGCCCCUACCCUCUGGCCAUGUCGCCACAAGGGGGCAGGACCGAGUACGACCAGAGCGUGCUCCUCAUGCUGGGCUCCCCGGCAUCGCCAAGGAAACGGCCCUUUGAGUUGCUAAGCGACCUGGUGGAUGACGGUGGCUUCGGCGAGGACCUCCACCCGGAGCGCUGGGACGUGUCCGCGCUGGACGAGAUGGCUCGCUACACCAAGCUGGGCCUCGGGGUGGGAGGGGAGCUGCUGGCCUGCUCCGAGGAGGCCGUCCUGAUGGGCCGCUGGGGGAGGAGCCGGGAGGAGCAGGAGGAGGAAGAGGAGGAGGAGAGGAGGAGGAGGAACAGACACACGGCAGGGCCUCCCGUCACCCAGGAAGUCCAGGCCACCGCUGCAGGGAGGGAGGAGGGGCGUAUAUCUGUUGCCACGACAACAGAGAGGGAGUUGUGUGUUGCAGGAAGAGCGGCGGGAGGAGGACAGGAUGGGGGGAUGCUGAGGGAGCGUACGGUGGAGGUGUAUCAGGUGGCACAGGAGGAAGAGGAAGUGGUUGCGGCAGCGGCGGCGGCGGCAGGUUUGGCUCUGGAGCACUGCAGCGAGGAGCACAACUACUCCCUGAGCCAGGGAGGGGAGCUGGGAACAGGUCCUGGUCCUCAGACAGAGGAGGUGCGAGUUGGGGAGACGCAGCAGGAGGUGCGGGCCAGGGAGGAGAGCCAGGCCAAGACUGAGCUAGAUCUGGAGGACGAGGACGAAGAGCAGGAGGAAGAGGAGGAGGAGGAGGAAGACGAAGAGGAGGAGGAGGAGGAAGAAGGAGAGGAGGGAACGGAGGAGACGGCGGUGGAGGCCGAACUCUCCAGCUCCUCAGAAACUGAAUGUGAGGUGGAGGCAGAGCCAGCGAGGCAGCCAGGUGAACGUCCAUCAAAGCGCCGAUGCUUCUGGGAGUACAGACGCGCCCGGGAGUCAGCCACAAAGAAGAAGCUGGGCGGAGACGUCCACUGGUCUCUGUCCUGGAGCUCCAGCACUCUGCCCAGCACACUGUACCGCAGAGAGGGCAAAAAAGGGCGCCGCAAAGCCCGCAAGACGGACGCCAGCGACCUGACACCAAACCCACAGAAGCUCCACAACAUCGGGGAGCAGCUGCAGAAGCUCAACGCUGCCAUCGACGGCAUGGGUCCUGUCAACGACCUACCUGCCGUGGCCCGAGCCCGGUCUCGUAAGGAGAAGAACAAGCUAGCCUCCAGGGCCUGCCGACUGAAGAAGAAGGCUCAGCAUGAAGCCAACAAGAUCAAGCUGUGGGGGCUCAACCAGGAGUAUGAGAACCUGCUGGGAGCUUUACUGCGGAUCAAGGAGGUGAUCAGACGACGAGUGGAGAGCAGCGAGGAAGAGGACACAGAUGAACGGGGGAUGACCCAGCGCCUGGAAGACAUCCUCCGAGAGUCCAGUGGUCCUUUAGUUGCCGGGCGGACCAAAGACUUUGUGCAGAGGAUUUUGGCGGCCAGUCAGAACCAGCGCAAAGAGCCCCCGCAGGAAGGAGACGAGACAGCGGGGUAAACUCACCCAGCAACCCCCCCACCCACCUCCACCUCCUCCUCCUCCUCCCUCCGUCGCCCACGCCCUCCCUCACCCAGCACCACCAACCAACCUGACCUGACCAAGCUUCUCUCCACCACCUCCACUCUCACAGUGUAAAAGUAAGAGCAAAGAGGUGAAGCAGAGGUGGCGAGGCUGGGAAAAUAGAGGAGGAGGAGGAGGAGGAGGAAGGAGUAGCCUAAACAAAAUGGGAGUAAAUUGCCACCCUGCUCCCAGUCCUCUCCUGUUGGCCCUCCAAACAGCAGCCGUCUUCACCGCUCUGUCUCUGCAGGCUGCACCACAACCACCACCAGAUCAGAGCUGCUGCUGCCGCUGCUGACGUCUCUGUAUUCUGUGUUCUCUGUGAGCGUGUGUGUGUGCGCGCGCGUGCGUGUGUGUUGGAUAUGUAACAUACUGUAUGAGCGUGUAUAGUGUUCCUCUCUCCCUCUGUGUGCUGUAUUUGUAUCCCAUUGUGCCUAUGAAUAGACAUUGCACUGUUUUGUAGAUGGUUGUAGUUGUCAGCAGGGGACCGGUAGUGAGCCGAGGGCGAGGGGGCAUUUGAGGAUAGAGGAAGUGCUAAAAUAAGGAAGUGGGAGGAGCCCAGGCCUGGAAAACAAAGAAGCGUGUGUGUGUGUGUGAGUGUGAGUGUGUGUGUGUUUUUUUUUCGUAUUUGACUGGGCUCCUAUAGAAACACUGCAUACCAUUCGGAUUGCAUCGGCAUCUAAAAUGUCAGUUAGUGUUGUGAUACACAACAAGUGAUGGAGUCCUGAUGCCAGAUCAGCUGUUAAUGGAAACAACAGCGUGUUUGUUGUGGAAAAGUCCUUGGAGCUUUAAUACCACCCCCCCCUCUUAAACUCCCCUUCACUCCAUCAAAAUGUAAGCAAAGUUCAAAACGAAAGAGAAAACUGCACCUUAAUUCAAACUGACCAAAGAUAACUGAAACUGCUGAACCACUCGAGAUGCUGCCAACCAUUACCACAUCAUUAUAUUUUAAAAAGUGACCGAUACACUAACUGAAAUAUUUUGAUUGUUGUCAUGUUUACCUGCAUGCGUCCUUAAAGGAUGACGUUACUGAACAGACUUUAAUCCCCUUCACCUAAAUGCACUACCAUCAUGGGUCUGAGAGACUGUGGUGUGACAGACAGGAAAUGACUGACCGGUCACAGUUUGUUCAGCCUUUUAGCUCUGCAGCCUGGUGCUCCUUUAGCUUAUCUGCAGUGGCUUUAUUUUUACCCACAAAAGGGAAGUGUCCUCAAUGCCUUCCCCAAGCCCUCUCCUCAACCCCUGACCUGAUUAUGUAGCGCACCUUCCUGAAUUGCAAUGACAAAUAGAGAAAAACACUUGUAGAGCUAGAAAGCAAAUAAGUUUAAUUUGUUUUGUUUUGUUUUUUGUUAUAAUUUUGUUGUUAUUUGGCAACGCCACAGCCCACAGAGUGGGCGUCAGUCUUGAGAGUUUUGAAAUCUGCCUUUCUUCUGUGGUCUUUGCUGAAGCUGUAGACCAACCUGUCCAAGGUCUCUAAAUGUUGUUGGACAUAAAAUGUCAAGGACCCUUUGAAUUGCACUGUGGUAAGAGCAACUAAGCACCUUUUGAAGAGGGCUUCAGAUCCUCCAAAAGAGAAAAAAAGACUCUUGGCACCUUUUUCUAAAGACAGAUAUUGAUUGAGAAACUUGUGGGCGCCCAGCGCUUUGUGACCGUCUGGUGGUCUCGGUUUGUUUCCGUAUGGUGCUACUGUAUGACGAAAAAAUAAAAAGCAAUGGAAACCUGAGCGGAGGCAUCAGGCAGUAACUGCUGACUGGGUUUUGGCCUGAGAGCACAUAUUGUUGUAAUAGGCAGUUUGUUUGCAUAAUGACGCCUUUCUGAAGUGCCUGGAGCUUAAAGCCACAGGGACCUGUGUUAUUAUGCCUGAUCUUAAACCCUAUUACAAGGUAAAACGUAACCCAUGACUACUGCUCCGAGCUCGGCCUCACUUGACUUUACUUAGAAAAGAAAAAAAAGCUGCAGGCUUGUGUAGGAUCCUCUCACGUACUCAGCCAAAAAACAGUCAACCAAAAUAUUUUCCGUACAGAUUAAAACCUAUACAUGGAAACAGUAGCUGGCACCGGUUUCUGUGAACAUCAUCUCUGGGAAAUAUAAGUGGAGGAGUGGCUGUUCGCUAAGCAGUCCCCUUUGUUUUUCAACCUUGACAAGCUCCCAUCUGGGCUGCGUUCCAAAGCUGCUGCUCUAUAACACUGUUCCCCCUCCUAUGGAAAUUCCAUUUCCUGUCUCAAUCAGGAGAGGGGCAGUUUACCCUGAACUCCUCUCUGCGUGGAGGUUUUGCUCAUGGUCAGUUUGAAAGCUGCGGAUUCAAGAGUUCAGGGCGGUUUCAGUGCUGCUCCUGUUUUACUCUCGGUAUCCUUUUAAUUCUGGGAAAUGUUACUCACGGUCGUAUGAAUAUAGAGCUGUACUGUAAACAGAGGAUUCCUGUUGUUGAGCUGGAAAGGUUCUGCUGCUGGUGAACAGAGCGCUCAAGCUCUGAUGCCAAAGACUGAUAGUCUGUGGCUUCGCAAGAAAAGACGCAGCAGCAGGAGGCUCUGAUAUCACUGAGGCUUCUUAAACAUCACCACAGAAACCUGGUCGGGGUUUGGUGUGAUUAUUUUACGGUAAUAAAAAAGAAAAGACAGAUGAUCCAGGACAAGUCCAACACAGAGGCCAGUAGAGGAAAACUCUCAGCCUGUUUGGUUAAAGGUGCUCUCUGCGUGCUUUCUGCUGCUGAGAAGUGCAUUCCUCCACCUCCCACUUUCUUUCAAGGCUUGGGAAGUUGGCGUCGCUGCCAGCGGAGUCACAGGAUCUCAUGCUGGCAGCAGCUUCCUUCACAUGCCCUCAUGCAGCAACAAACUAAAAAGGAGGAAACCGCAGAAAACAACUGCGCACAUCGCUGAAGUUUAAAACGUCGUACGACCCAUCUGUCACGUCGGAGGAGGUAGAGGUCUUUGGGUUCAACAGAGAUUCCACUUUGAAUGCAUAAGUGUGUCCUGAUGUUUUCCUUCCUCCAAAGUGGUGUUACGUAACACUCAACACCAUCUGCUGUGUACAUUCAUCUAUAUGCCAAAAACUGAACUGAAGAGAAAACUGUUGUAACACAGUGAAUUCCAGCCACAGAUCCAAACAACAAACAAGACAUGAUGCUGGGUUUUACACAACUAGUGAGCUCAUAUCAGGGUUUCAAUUGAUACUGCAGCAUGUUUCCUCUUUAAACAAACAUUGACAUUUUUGUAUCAUGGUAUAUCCCUUUAACUGUGAAGCUUUAAUGGGGAGGAGCCAGUCUUGGCAAGGCCGCUAGUCUCUGCUCAGAUGCUCGAUUGAGUUUCCCAGAAAGCCUGUGUUUAUGUAUACCUGGAAGCAGGAGGCAGAUAUCUGAGGGGGAAACUGGAAUGAGCCAAAGAUGUCUGCUGUUUGGUCACAGUUUCUGUAGCUGUUUUCGUGACGCUCACGACAGGGUGAGCUUAACCCGGGUCACCUGCAGAACAGCUGGGAUUUAAAGAAUACAGAACUGAUGCUCUCCGCUUACAGAUUUAGCCAACUCUGACCUAAUAUGGACAAUGACUUUGCAAAAACUGGACGAUGUGUAUCUCAGUUACUUCCUCAUUGGGUGUCACCAUCUGCCAGACGAAGACAGGGAGAAGUAAACAGUCCUGAAACUCACUGAUGUGCUCACUGACCUUUUUUUUUUUUUUUUUUUUUUUUGAGAAAGAGAAAGUUUUGAGAAGGAGAAAGUUUUUCAGUCCCCAGUGUGAAAGAUCCACAUCAGCUGUCGGGGGGGAGGCAGUGAUAGUUUGAAACCCUGAAGAGUGCAGAACAGGUUUAGCUCCCCAGGUUCCUUUAGAUGUCUAGAGGUUAAAUAGGACUGUAGGGUGAAGACUCUCUGUUCUGCUGCUUCCCUGUAUCUGAGGGAGACUCUUUCUGUUGUAAUUGGCUGAAGUUACAUUCCAUGUCACCUGGGUGCGGCUCUGUUGCAGCUGCUGAUAACUAUCUGCUGUCACUGUUGCCAAUAUCCACUGGACGCAUGAGCAAAGCAUCUCACUCACAGCUAUUUUAUCCAUUAAUGUUAUUUUUUUGCCUUUCACUUAACUUUAUUUAUAUGUAUUGACAUUAAGUUAAUAUUUACUGAUGCAUUUGUUACUAAACUUUAGAAGAAUGGCAGGUUUUCGCUCUGCUGGUGUACACAAUUUAGUGAUGACAAACAAACAAACUUGUAUUCAGUUAUAUUAGUGAGACAGCUGUAACGUAUGUUGGCAACAUGGCUGCUGAAGGACGCAGAGCUUACAGACGAUCUGCUUCAAAAAGCCUCCAGUGGAUGUUUGAGCUGCAACAAAGACAGAAAAUGAAUCAAUCGACAGUUCUGAUGAGCAAAUAAGUCAUUUAACAAGCUAAACUCUCAGUAAUAAUAACAUCUACUGCUUCCAGCGUCUGUUAAGUCAGGAUUUACUGCCCGUCUCUAUCAUUGUGAUUGGAAUAUCUUUGGGUUUUUGACUGAUUGUCAGGAAAAAACCAAGCAUUUUGAAACCCUUAUCUUUGGCUCUGGGAACUUGUGAUGGGCAUUUUAUAGACUGAAUGAUUCAGUGAUGGAAGAUAUUAUUUGGAGCCCCUGAUGGCCUGAAAGGUUCAUCAGCUGCCUUGCCCAGAGGUAUUUCUCUCCAUUUGUGCCCGUGCUUUGAUUAAGAUAUCCAGAUUCUAACAUCGGCUCUGCUAGAAAAACACUAAUGCAAGUCUGGGUAGACAAAUGUAAAAGUAGUGUCAGACUUCAGAGGACAGGCAGAAGCUGUUGUCCCUCAUGUGACUGCAGUGGGUUUUUUUGGACCAGGCGUUGAGGCGUUGUGGAGCGGCGGGCUGAAUAGACCCAUCAGUAAGCCUACACUGGUGGGACGCUGCUGACCUCCGGGUGCCCGUCCCCACUCUGCUCCAGCGCUCACAUUGUCGGAGACACUCAGGCUUCUCCGAUUUCAAAGGCGACGGGCCUCCGGGCAGAGGAGGCCGGGGGAAACGGCACUUAGCCGGGGCCUCGGAGAAGUUUAUCCGAAACCUUUUAAUCCCCUUCACCACCACCUCCACCUCCGCCCCCCUGUCACACACUCUGACAGCUGCAGAGGACGACUUCAGUCGAAUCGCUGCCGCCCACUGCGACGGCCUGCAUCUUGAUGCCCCCGUCUCCUCUGUCACUGGCCUGGAAACCUCCAUCUGGGCAGGAGCCAGAUGGGGGAAGGUGUUAGUUUAGACCUGCAGGCCCACAUGGAGUUUUCUUAUGAGUGAAAGUGAGGUGGAGGAAGCUGGCUGAGGCUAGCUGCAGUUUGUGCCUCUGAUGUCUAAUCAUUACGUUCAAGUCUCAGAGCUGAGCAUCUGUUUUUCUGAAACAUAAAUCUCUGGCGAUCUUUCAGGAUCCCAGACGGCUGUUUAAAGACCCUGAAACCUGUUUCCUUAAUCAGCUUCUUACUGUGAGUGAUGAGAUCUUACAUGUGCACGCAGUUUACUGCCAGAGAUUUCUCUGUUUAGCCUUUUUCUCUGUGCUUUUCUCACUAGUUUAAAGUGGGCAGGACUCAGGUGGAAAAGAAGGUGAAUUUCUGUGCACCAAUCAGGAUUAGCAGCAUUUAAAUCAAAGUGUGAUGACAGUGUUUUUGGUGUGUUUGGCCCCUGUCAAUCAAAUCUGCACAGUCCUGACACGGCAGGUUAACAGUGUUAAACUCUAAUUGAUAAUUCCUUGAUAAUUUCCAUGCCUGGAAAUUACUGGACUGAGGCAGUGAGGCACUAUCCGUUAAAGGUUUAAAGAAAUCACUCAACAUUUUGGGAAAUACUAUUAUUAUCUUUCUUACUGAGAGUUAGCAGAGCCCGUUAGCUUAGCUCAACAUUAAGAACAGGGAGACUGCUAACCUGGUUUUCUCCAAAGGUAACAAACCAAAUUCCUCCACUCAGCACUUCUACAACUCACUAAUUAACACAUUAUAUCUUGCUAAUUGAAAAAACAAAGUGUGAAAAUUUAAAGUGGUGUUUUAAUGGGAAGUUACAUGUGGGACUGUUUCUUGGCUGAGUGCACAGACUUCCUUUCACAACGAGGUGUUAGUUUUGUUUUAGACAACAACAACUGAACACAUGUCUGAUCCACUAACACAUGUUCAUAUUCAUGUAACUUUUCAUAGCAGUGUGUGAAAGUUGUACAUGGUGCUAACAUCCGGUGGGUGAACAGUGGGUGGUAAAAGUUUUUGAAAUCUCAGCAGAGAUUGAAAACACAGAUGCUCAGCUCUCUGUUGUAAAUGUAAUGAUGAUGUACGAGAGGCAGCUGAAACGCACCUCGUGGCUUUAACCAAAACCAAGUCAGUCGUUUCUGUCCAGAUCUGCGAUGAGUCCAGAUGGAGGGCCGGUGCUGUGGAUGUGACGUCUGGUUAUAAAUGAAAUGAUGUGGGACUGAUUAAUCACAUCCCUGCCGGUUCUUAAAUCUGUCUGAAAACAUGCUGAAUGAUGGGAGGAAAGGAAAACCAAGAGACAAGAAACAUUCCACAAUGCCAUGUCAUAUACUGUACAGCAACCCCUUAACUUCUCUUCUUCUGUUUUCCUCCCCUCCCUCCUUCCCCCUCCUUCUGUCUUUCAGUAACCCAGUAAUCACAGUACUACAGUAAUACUUUGGACCUGUUAACACAUUAACACAUCUUUAUGUACAACUCCUUCGUCAGUAAGUAACCUUUAAGAAAAUAGUUCAAAAAAACGAAACAAAAAAAUACAAGAAGUGCCGUACAAAUAGAAGCCUAAUAUUUUUUGUUUUGGUUUUGUGUGAGUGUACUGUACACCUGUAUAAUGUAUAUUUUAAUAUUUAUAUGCAGCUGUUGUAUUAAAGUAUAUUUUUAAAAUAAAAACGGGGCAGUGUUUCUUUAAUGUCCGUUAGAUUUAGGAGUUCAUUUAUUCCUGUAAUGAAGGUAAAACUGAUUAUUAGAUGUAAUAAGAAGCAGCCUCUGUUUCUCCUUUGUCUAAUUGUUUUGUGCUAUUUUUCAGGUGUUAUCUAUGAAGCAGUGAGGUGAUGGUGCGAUCAAUUAAAGGUGUUUUGUCUUGUCAGCACCUGGAGACAACAGCAGUCAGGAUUUGCAUUUCCUCUGUGGGCUCAGCAGCUCCACCAGCAGGCCACACACGGCGUUACAGCCUCAGUUAUGAAAAUAGCUUUUACAUAACUUCAUCCUAAAGGAAUGAAGGUGAUGACUGCCCUUUGGAAGUUUUUGGCUUGUACUGGCAGUGAUUGUUUUACAGGCCGGCGAUGAUUGUCACCCACAGGAUCCAACUCACCAGUUUAGUGUUGACAAGUGCCAAAAGCCUGAUCAUUCCCCUCCUUCUCUCAGGAGCCAUUUUAGCCCUCAGUGUUGUCUAACAGGUCAGCAACUUUAAGACUUCCUCCUACUCUUACUGUUGGCAAAAAACUCAACAAUCAAAACCUUGAUAAAACUCAUUUUAAAGUAUCAACUCAACCGUCUUUCCUGAGUUCACGUCCCUGAUAAUCCUUAAAUCACUGUAUUGUGUCACUCGUCAUCUUGGAAAUAUCAGAUGAGAAAACAAACUCGGCACAAGUUUCUUAUCUGAUUGGUGGAACCAGUUUGUCUGUAAGGCAGUACUGGGAGAUUAAAUUCACCAAGACCAGCCAUCUGACACACCCUUUCCUGUCUGCAGUGAGUACACAAACACACACAACCAACAAAAGCCAACAUUCAUUACAAAAUGAUCCUUUAUUGGAUUGGAACUGUUUCUAUUCACAUUGAUGUUAAAGGUACCUUAAUCACAAACAUCAAAGUCAAGUGUUCCCCUCAGUGAUUUACUGUUUAACAUUGCACAAUGCCCAGCUCUGGAAAGACACUCAACGACUGAUCAGGAGUCAAAACAUCAGAGCAGCAGAAAUCCUACGAUCCACAUCACGAUGAAGGAAGAGGUCUUAGGUUUUUGAUUCAUUUUGACAAUCGCGAGGUAAACGAGGACGUCAGAAAUAAAAAAAAAAAAGAAAUGACUCUGUCAGAGCUCAGAUUUCAGACUUUUGGCUGCUGUGUCAGAGGAUUACUGGUUCAGGAACUGAGAGUGGAGAAGUGCUAUUGAAGUACAGAUGAAGACGAAGGUUAGAAACUCACACUGACAGUUUGACAAGGUCGCAUCAGAACUCAUCUGUGUCAGGACGAACAGAAGAGAAAGGAGAGCGAGUGUGUAGAGAACAUAUUUAGCACAAGCGGAAUCACAGUUAAGCUCUCGAACAGCUCCACUUUGAACAAGCAAACAUUCGCACAGUACAGGUUAGAAAACAGCUUCUUUUCAAACAAUAGAGUCAUCAUCUUUUAAUUUGAUGAAUCAUGUCCCGUCCCUCUGAUUUAAAAAAUCCAUAAAAUUAAUUACAAAUCAUCACUUUGGACAUAAAACAAAUCUCCCACUGUGGGAUCGACACAUUAUUUCACUUCUCAGGAAGUUUCAGCAGGUGCUACUCAGACACAUAUUUGCAUCGUCAUGGUUGUUACACAGCUGUAUCAGUCCAUCAGCACACAACAUGAUGCCAAGACUCACUGAAAAAAACUAAACGAGCACAACAGUGGCUUCAUUUACAGCUACAGUAAAAACAAUAAAAUAAACCCUUUUCUCUCAGAAUAAGGCUUUUUUCCUUGAAAAUGGCUUUAAAGUAGUUUAUUUUUAAAUGUUCAGCACAUAUUGAGAUUUUUUCUGCUGUGCCCCAGCAUCCAUCCUGGCCCCAGGGAUAAGACCAGAUUCUUCCCUUUUGUGGAGUCACUGCAUUUAGAAAUCAGGCGGCAUUUGCUUAAAUCAGGCCUCCAGGGUCGUCGUCUGUUUUCAGCGCCUUCAUCCAGACGCUGAGCAGAUCUCUCAGCAUAUUACAGCUAAAAUGCCUCUUGGCUCUGUCUUUGCUCUGAUAAAAAUCUGGGCUGGAUGGGGGUCUUGGCAGGACAACAGUGGCAUUCAAGUAUCAAAGCACAAUCUGAGGCCAGAGCUGUGCAGCUGACAUCAUUGGUCUGCAGGAUUGCUUUCGAGGAAAUCAUCCCAUCGGGACGGACAGAGGUGCAGAUGAAACACUAUCCCUGAUGGUAGAAGAGUGCUGCUGCACUCACAACGAUCGCCCGCUGUGGUAUCACCUCACUGAGGAGCAAUGCUAAAUCAGUUGUGGGGGUGUGAAUGUUUCGGCUGUGAGAUGAUGGUAAGAGCAGGUUUUUUGUUGAUGCUGUUGCACAAAGGUUUUUGGGUGAAACAAAAAUCGGCGACAGCUUCUUCAUCUUUGCUUUCUUUGUCUGCAGAUGUUUCCCUACUCUCACAGCCACAAUAACAGACUAUUUUAAGAUUCUCAGCACUUGAGGGGCAAAACUGUCAAGUUUAGCUUCAGCAUGGUGCCAGAGGAAAAAGGUUUGUUGUAGAAAUCAAGGAGGCUGUCAGGGUUGGCUCAGCUUUUUCAACUCAGCUGUUUGAUGUGAAUGAUAACAUUAGCAUGAGCACGGUAACAUGCAAACAGUCCUGUUACACUGCUGUUUCAGUCACACCACCAAGCUAACAUGCUAAAACGAGCAUGCUAAUAUUUUGCAGGCUAUGUGCUGCUGUGUUCAUGUGAUACUGGAGCUAACAACUGUUACAUAUGUCUCACAACAUCUGAUCUAUAUAAACUCAGUCAGUCUGCACACGACGCCCUGCAUCCGCGCUGCUUUUCUCUGAAUAUUAACUCCCUUCAUCUCCCCAGCCUCCUCUUGCAUUAGCAUUUAGUUGCAUGUGAAUUCUGAAUAUUUUUAAUGUGUAUUCAUGU